CAGAAAAUUAGAUAUACGACUUACUCUUGAACACGUUUAUUCGACUUCGAGAUUUAUGUCGUUACUUCAAUUUGUCUACAGUAGACUAAAUUCCGAAUCUAAAUAAAAAAGCGAAUUAUAGCUUUCUGGAUAGUUCCCGUCCCGCGGCGAGCGGUUCACAAUCCGCGAAGACCGUGAUUGGAGCUGUAGUUCGUUCACACAAAUGCCUUUUGCACUCUGAUCUUCAAACUUUCAUGACAGGUUGGAGGAAAAAGACUUAAAAAAGGUAGAAUUAGGAACAUUGCAUCGUAUUGAACUCCGCUAACUGGAAGUAGAUUGUCGAGUGAUUCAUUUUACGUUUCUAGCCGUUCAAAAGUAAAUAUUAGUAGGUGUGCAGCUUCAAAAGGUUUUCAGCAUGAAACAACUAAAUGAAAAAUUGCUUGGUUAUGGAUGGCCAAUUAUUUGGCGUUUUAUGGGUACCUUGUGUGUCCCUUUGACAAUUUUGCCAUGGCUUAUAUAUCAUAUUAUUGGACAAAGGAAAGACAAAAGGAUAAAGAUAUUGAAAGAUAAGGUUGUACUUAUAACUGGAGCAAGUUCUGGAUUGGGAGAAGCUCUUGCCCAUGCAUUUUACAGUGCUGGUUGCAAAAUUAUAUUAGCAGCUCGAAGGGAGAAAGAGUUGGAAAGGGUAAAGGAAAGUCUGAUGGUAUCUCAUGCAACAGGAACAACUCACCCACCUGUAGUUUUACCAUUGGAUGUAUCAGAUAUUAAUAACAUUCCCCAGUAUGUGACUAAGGCAUUGGCUAUUCAUGGGCACAUAGACAUUUUGGUGAAUAAUGCUGGAAUGAGCUAUCGGGGAACAGUCCUUAACACAAAUAUUGAUGUUGACAUCAAAUUAAUGCUCAUAAAUUAUUUUGGACAGGUUGCUUUGACUAAAGCUCUUUUACCCUCCAUGGUGGAACGCUCAUGUGGACAUAUUGUCGCUGUUAGCAGUGUCCAGGGACUUAUGGCAAUUCCUUUCAGGUCUGCAUAUGCAGCAUCCAAGCAUGCACUUCAAGCCUUCUGUGACACAGUAAGAUCAGAAGUUGCAGACCAUGAUGUCCAAGUAACUGUGGUUAGCCCAGGGUAUAUUCGUACUUCACUUUCCCUCAAUGCUUUGACAGGAGAUGGAAAGACUUAUGGAAUGAUGGAUGCAAGUACUGCAGGGGGCUAUUCUCCCGAAUAUGUGGCAGACCAAGUGGUGCAAGCAGUAGUGGACAAAAAGGCAGAGCUUGUACUUGCACCUUUUGCUCCUCGUGUUGCAAUUUUUCUCCGUUGCUUGGUUCCUCGUCUGUACUUUUGGAUUAUGCAAAAACGAGCCAGAAGUGAAGCAAAAAAGACUGGUUGAUAGAGUGGAAAAGAUAAUUUUGAUAACUUCUUGUGGCAUGAAAGGAACUCGAUAGUACAGAAAUAGUACAAUUCACAGUGUUAUUUUAUGGCUACAAUUUUGUGUUCAUCUUAAUACUGAUUUAAAACAUUCCAACCAUUUUCUCUUUUUUCUGAUUGACAAGAAUUGUAUUUAUAGCUAUUGGAAAAUACUAUCAAAAACAAGUGGAAAUAAAUUGAAGUGUGUAUAGUGUUUCUUUUUUGUAACAUUAAUGAUUUUGAAGGACUGAAUAAUUGUAGGGAAAUGAGAAGCAACUUUUAUUGAAUGUUCAAGGAUGGUCAGGAGUUUUUUAUUGUGUAAUCAAAAAAUGGAUUGUUUCCUACGUGGUGUAAUGAUUUCGUGAGAGGGCAAGUGAGAUUAAUUGUGAAAUUUUCCAAGACUGCAGAAGGUAUAGUUAAUUAAUGUUAGGUGUUAGUAGAUAUGAAUAUUUUACUAAAUUUCUUUAUUUUGGAAGGUUAUUCAAUGACAUUACUUGUUUUUGUAAUCAUUUAAACUCCUUUGACUAUGUAUUUUGUAAAUAAAGUAUUUAGUAUAUAUAGUAUAUUUUGUUAUAUUUUCUUAUAUAUACUUGUGUACCUGAAAACCAAUUUGUAUUAAUU